CUAAUCGGCAAGGGCAAACGGAAGCUCGGCGACCGCCACAAGAAGAUCAACGCCAUCGGCGAGGAGGUCGCCAGGGUGGAAAGCGAAGCCAAUGCGGUGAUCAACGACAUUCAUCAGUUGCAAGAGUCCCCGGCCCUACAGAACGAGAAUGGUCUUUCGGAGCCAAAAGCUCAAGCCGAGGCCCUCCGUCAACUCAAAGAUCAGCUAAAACCCACUGCAGAACGAGCUAAAGCUGUCCAGGGUGAAUGCAAGGCGCUGAUCAAGUCGGCUGCGCCGGAAGCUGACACCAAGCAGCUCAGCCAAAUCCUACAAGACGUCUCAAAAGCCCUUGGCGAAGUCGAUGCCCAGAUUGGCGCCCGACAGCUCGCUGUUGAUGCUGCCGUGCAGCAGAUGGGUAGCUACAACGAUGCGCAGAGGGACCUCCAAAACUGGCUCGAAGAAACCGAGGAGCUAGUCGACAACCAGAAGCUCCCCUCAGCCGAUGCUAAAGUCGCUCGCGCUCAGCUCCAGAGCUAUGAUGUCAUCCUGAAGCACAUCGAGGACAAGCAGGCCUCAGUUGAUGGCUUCCAGCAGAUGAUCGGCAAGCUGGCCGCCCUCACUUCUGAUGCUGACGAGAAACGGGCUUUGUCGGCGAAGGCUGACGAGAUCACCGGUCGAUAUGAGGAACUGCUGGAUGGUGCGCAACGCGGCCAAGCACGUCUACGAGAUGCUGUAGAUCUGGCAGAGAAGCUGGGGAAGGAGCUCGGGCCGUUCGAGCAGUGGAUAGGGAGCACCGAGAAGCGCAUCUCCCAACUCGGUAAACUUCCCACAGACACCGAACGUCUCGUGGCCCAAGUCCGAGACGUUGAGGCUAUCCAGGAUGACAUCGACGGCAAGAUCGAAGCAGUUCAGAAGCUCUGCCAGGCGGAAGUAGCCAUGCAGCUGAGCGACGACGUCUCCCAACUCUGCAAGGAAAGAACAGAAAUUCUUGGCCAAACGCUCGCCCACGUCGAUGAGAUCGGCCACUCGUUCGAGGACAUGAACCGAUGGCUCGACGAGGUCGAGCGAGAUCUAGCUGGUCAGCCAUCCGUCACGACAGCUACUCCUUCGCAUGAGUUGGCCAAGCAGCAGCAGCACAACUUGGAGCUCUCCGCCGUCAUCGCCGCCCAAACCCCUCUCGUCGAGCGCUUCGAGUACAACGUCAACUCCCUUGCCGAACUCGUCGGCCCCGCCGAUGUCCAAGCUCUGCGCCAAAUCUACGAUCAAAUUGUUGGCCGCUACAAUGACGUGAAAAACCAAGUGAAAUCGAGAGGAGAAGCCAUUGACAGUAUCUUGGAUGCGACAGAGGCAUUCGGUGAUCGUCUGGAUGUCUUCUUGGCGACGCUGGAAGGAGCAGCAGAAUCGCUACGUCAGCCAGCCGCUGUGUCGGCAGACCCUGGAUUGCUCCAGAACCGCAUUGCCGAGAAUGAGGCGCUUUUGGACUCGUUGAGGGAGAAGAAGUGGCCGCCAAGAUCCAGGCCCUGGAGCAGUUGUGGGGCGAAAUCGGAAGAGGUGCCGAGAUGCGCGGCGCGUUCCCUGAACGACGCGCUCGCAAAGGCGCACCAAUUCUGGGCCGAGCUCGACGAUUGUCAGAAGGCCAUCGACGACUUGAAGGCCCGCCUCGAGACCCUGGAACCAGCCAUCGGGCAACCAGAACGACUACGCGAGCAGCAACAGGGCCUCACCGAUAUCGAUCGGGCAGUGAGAGACACAAGGCCCCGCAUCGACAGCCUUCGACAUGCCGAAGCCCAACUUUUGGCCAUCAUCCCCGAGGAGGAGCAGAUGGUCGUUGGGCAGCAGGUUGAGAUGGUGGAAGCGGGUCUUGGGACCAUUACAAAGCUGUUCUCCGACAAGAGCCUCCAUCUCGGCAAGGCCAUGGAGGAGGCCAUGCAGUUCCACGACGACCUGUCGGCGCUGCACGAGUUUUUGGAGGCUGCCGAGCAGCGCCUCCACUCCAUGGGCCCAGCCGAAAACGUGGCCGUCGAGAAGAUCCAACCCAAGCUCGAGGAGCUGCAGCUUUUUCCGGAAGAAGUCAACCAGAAGGCACACGGGUUGACGAUAGGACGUCCUGCGCAUCAAACUGCCGCAGUGAGAGUGCCGAUAGCCGAACUCAACGGCCGAUGGUCCAAACUCUACGGCGACAUUGCCGACCGUGAGCACAAGAUCGAGAGGGCCAUGCUCGAGAUGGGACGCCUUGGCGAAGCCGUCGCCCAGCUGACCGCAUGGAUCGAAAAGACCCGGUCCACCGUCCACGACAUCGCCGCCCAACCAUCCACCAACCUCCGCGCCGUCGAGAUCGCGCAGUGCAAGCUAGCCGUCGUCAACAAUGAUGUUCAUGCUCAUGAGCCGAGCAUCAACUCCAUCAAUGCCACCGCCAACAAGCUGAGGGCCCAGGGCGGAGACGCUACAACCACCAAACGUGUCGAGGAGAUGAACGAAAAGUGGGCCGGGCUUGGAAAUGAGCUGAGCGAGCUGUCGGCACGCCUUGAGGGGGCCAAGGGAGCCGCAGAGGAUAUUGGGGGCGAGAUGGAGCGAUGGUUGGCCUAUGUCGAGCAUGUCGAGUCUCAGCUGGAGACGACAAGACCGACAGGGGGACUUCCGGAAACGGCUCGACAACAGCUGGACGACUUCUUGGGGUUGAAACGGGAGGUCGACCGCAACACCUCCCCCCUCGAAGCCCACGUGGCCAUCACCGAGGAGUACCUCGCUGAGCACCCCGAAGAUGAGGGAUCGUGGAUUGGGAAGAGUGCCCAUACACUGCGCCAUAAAUGGAAUCGAUGCCGGGAUCUUCUAUCGGAUCGGGAGAAGAAGCUGGGGCUCGCCUUGGAGGAGGCCAUCGCCCUCGAUCACCAGAUGAACGAUACGGCCCACUGGGUGUCUGGGAUCGAGCAGAUGCUGGCUGAGCUCGCCCCCGUUGGACGUCUACCCGAGGUCCUCGAAAAGCAAAAAGCUGAGCAGCAACAGAUGGCGGAGCAAGUGGCCGACAAAAAAACCGAGAUGACCGAGAUGCAAGCGACGGGCACGCGGAUGCAGUACUACUGCGAGAAGAAGGACGCGAUUCCGAUCAAGAACGGGCUCGUCUCGUUGAGGCAUCGCUUUGAGAAGGUUGCGCAGAAGGUUGCUGAACGUGGAAAGCAACUCGAGCACGCGCAAGGGGAGACGGACUCAUGGCUGGAGAGCGCGAAGGAUCUCGAGUUCUGGAUGGCCGAGAUGGGGAUCAGACUCGACGAGGAGGCACCCGGAAGUGCUAACCAUCAGAAGCUGCUGGAAUGGAGGGACGAGGCAAAGGAAGCCCAAGCCGAACUCACCGCCAAACGCCCAGAAUACGAAGCGGCCGAAGAAGCCGUGCUUGAGAGCGGAGCCUUCGAGGACGCCAUCGCCGACCUGGAGGCGUGGUGCGAUGCUGAACUCCUUGAUGCCGAGACGGACUUGGCUAUGGAUGGCGCGAAGGUGCACGGCGACGUGGAGACGGUCAGGGGGCUGCAGGAGAGAGAUGCAAAGCGAGGCGAAGAGAGAACGGUGAAGAAGGGACAAGUCGAGAGGCUGCUCAAGAAGGCUGACGAGCUCGUGCAGAGGGGAGUGGCUGAGGGAGAAGUCGUGCUUGAAGCCAAGCACAAUCUGCAGGACAAGUGGAGCGCGAUCGAAGCCGCCGCGGACGCGCGCGCGGAAGCGCUGCGGAAGGCGAUGGAACAAGCCGAAGACUUUGACGCGAAGGCCCAUGGGCUGUUGGCUUGGAUGGACGGGCUGGACGACAGGUUGAAGGCCGCCGGAAAGGAGCCCAACCUCGACAAGGCCAUCCCCGCCGCGCAGGCCGUGCUCGACGAGUUGAAGGCAGAGGAGGCCAGGAAAGAGGUCGUGCUCGCUCGAGGUCAAGACAUUCUCCAGAAAGCGCAUCCGAAUGCCGAGCAGCCGAUGCGGCAUUGGAAUCGACUGCUGGCGGCUAGGUGGAAGGAAGUCGAAGAUCAAGCCCUCGAAAAAGUGGCCGACCUCAAGGAGCAGCGCCAGAAGAGCGAGGAGCGUGAGAAGGCCAUCAAGGAGCUGCUCACCUUCGUCACCAAGAAGCGCGGCGAGCUGGGCGACAUGAUCGCGGCGCCGACGCCUGAAGAUUUGGAUACGGAGGACGCGCUGCAGCUAGUAGACCGAAUGCUGCAAGACUACGAGCUGCUCGACUUUGAGCUGCGAGAGAAGCAGCCGGAUGUCGAGGAGACGAUCCAAGGCGGCCAGAAGGAUAAGAACCCACGUGCCUCCCAACUCUCAGACGAGUGGAAACGAGUUUGGCUCGAUGCGAUGGGCCACAAAAACGCGCUCGACGAGGCCAAGGAGAUGCUAGAGGAGAUGAAGCGGCUGGAGGGAUGGGAUUGGGAGGAUUGGAAGGAGAGAUACUGCGACUGGAAUGACCACGCUAAAGGGAGGGUGACAGAUCUGUUCCGCCGGAUCGACCGGACGGCCACUGGAAAUGUGCCAAGACAGGCGUUCAUUGAUGCCAUUAUCAAUAGUCGCUUCCCCACCUCACGACUCGAAAUGGAGAAAGUGGCUGAUCUCUUCGACAACAACGGCUUCAUCAACCAUAAGGAUUUCACGAACGCCCUGAGAUUCGAUAAGACGCGUCGCGUCGAACCUCGCACUGACGGUGAAAGGAUAGCCGUUGAAAUUGAGCGCCAGGUGCGCGGAUGCUCAUGUUGCCAGCCGUACAAGAUUGAGAGGAUCGCUGAAGGACAGUAUCGGUUCGGGGAUACGCAAAUCAAGCGUAUGGUACGGAUAUUACGAUCGACGGUGAUGGUGCGAGUCGGAGGAGGAUGGGUGUGUCUCGAGGAGUUCUUGAAGAGCCACGAUCCGUGUCGGGCGACGAAACGCCGCAACGAUGUGCUGAACAACCUGCGUGGCAGCAACGAGCGCAUCAUCCGCGACAGCAUGGAGAUGUUCACCAAAAACCGUCAUGCUCGCUUCGGGUCUUCAGAUUCGGAGCCGCAAUUUGCCGUGCCGGGACCGAUAAUUAAGAUUAGAGAAAAAACCGAGCGCAGCAUGCCAAUGUUCCCGGGGCAACAUCGCCCGGGCGGCUCCGCCCAUUCCUCUAAUUCACGCCUCCGAACCCCAUCCGACGUCUCACUAGGCGAUUCCCGAAUCGGCAAGGGAUGGCCAGGGAACUCUCCGUUUGGGUCCCAGCAAUCGCUGGAUAAAGGAAGUCGGCCACCAAGUAGAGCAAGCGAGAGUGGACCCGAUAAGCCGACGAGGAUACCUUCCUUGAGGGGAAAGAAGGGCGUACGAUACAACCCGCCACGUCAGCUC